AUGAAACCGAAAGACGAUGAUAGCGAGGAGGAAGAAGAGGGACCACGAGAUCAGAGUUUUAAGGCGGCUCGACUAAUCGAACCAGAGAAGGAGUCUUGGGAAGGAGAAUCUGGGCACUGUGAUGCAAGGGUUCAACAAUACUUGCAGGACCUCAAACUAGGCACCAUUUACAGACUCAAACUAGGACCGGUUCUGUUUUUGUUUCUCUUUAAAGUUUUGGGUAGUGGAUGUUACUUGGUGUACCUUGGAUUCGAACCUGAUGUCAUCGAGGUUGAACGUAAGGACUUGCGUCCACAUAUGGUUUGGAAAGAUGAAGAGUGGUUUCGGUGCCAAAAACGAGUAUUAGUUGACUUGGAGUUUAGCACUGGAACGAAUGUAGAAGUCAAAACAAAGGUUGAGCCUUUUGGUAAUAUUUGGGUUCCGGCUAUAACCAUAAAGGAGAAUGAAGACAGGAAAUUACUGGUGAAGUACAAGAGUUUGAACGGUGGAGAAGAUGAAUACACCAAGACUAGCGUUCCUUACUCUGAGAUCCGGCCUUCACCACCGCCUUUUGGUUCAAGAACUUUUGGGUUGAUGGAGAAUGUGGAUGCCCUGCUCGAGUGUGGAUGGUGUCCAAGUGUAGUAAGCAUGGUUCUCUGUGGGGACAGAUACGGUGUCCUGUUGGGACCAUGCAAGCAGAGUAAGGACUUUGAGCACUUGCAGUUAAGACCAUCCGUGAAGUGGAAAGAUGGAACUUGGAAAACAAAACAAAAAAAAGUAAGUUGUUACUUAUGUAGAGAUUUAGGAAGUAAAAUGGCUAAUGCUGUGAUGAAUGGGAACAACACAAGGAAACCGGAAAUAGCAGAAAGUAAGUGUUAAAAAAGCAGAAAGUAA